AUGGAGAAGAGGGAAAGAAUUAAUUGUAAAGAAGAAGUUGAGAAAUAUAUUAAAACAAUAGAAAUUAUGAAAGAAAUAGGAGAAGCAGAAAAAGGGUAUAAUGAAGAAAGAAAGAGAGCAAGGGAAGACCGAGAGAAAAAGAGAGAAAUAGGAGAAAAAGAAAGAGAGUUAAAGAAGAAAUACAUGGAAUUUAAAACAGAAAUAAAAGAAUGGAAAGAAGAAGGGAUGAUUUUUGGAGGAUAUGAGAAAGGAGAGAAGGAAAGAGUUAAAAAUGAAAUAGAUGAAUAUUUUCAAGGAACACGAUACGACUAUGCAAUUGGAGAAACAAGUAUUGGGAAAGAAGAUUAUUUAAUAGUUAGUACAAGUAAUAGACAAUUAUAUUUUGAACGAGGAGGAAUAGCGACAAAAAGUGGUAUUAAAAUUAUGAAAAAAUUCGUUUGUUAA